AUGGCGACCGAGACUGCAAACCCUCCAGUCGACUUGUCUGUUUCGUGGGAGCGCUCGAGCCUCAACUCGCAAGAGAGAAAGCAUGACGUUGCAAGUGUAUUGAACUACUGGGACGACCCCGGUGACGGCUCUAAGCCGACGCCUAUUGUUAUAGGCAAAGGAAGGAUAACAAACGAGCGACCUCAUCUGCCUCACAGCGUUGUGGUAUCAGAUGUCAGCGGAGAUGAGGAGCACUACACUCUCGACAGCAACGGGUUCCAGUACUGUCGAAGGCCAAGCAAGGAAAAGGAGUUCAUCGACGACAAGAAAAUCGAAACUGAGUACUAUUCCGAGUGUGAGCAGCUUCUGAAAGACGUUACAGGAGCUAGUCGGGUCCACAUCUUCAAUCACAAGGUCAGACGGGGCCCAACUCAUUGGCAUCACCUGGGUCUGAAAAAUCUUGCGAACCGCGGGCCAGUCACGAAAACGCACGUGGAUCAGUCCUACGACGGAGCAGAGUUGCGACUGAGAUGGGAGCUUCCUGAGGAAGCAGAAACCUUGGUGCAGAAGAGAUACCAGAUCAUAAAUGUCUGGCGCCCUAUCAGGACAAUUCAAAAGGACCCCAUUGCUGUUGCCGAUGCACGGACGGUGCCUGAUGCAGACCUCGUGGCGGCGGUGAUGGUUGAGGACGACUAUCAUGGAGAACAAUGGGUUGUGCGACAUAAUCCGGCUCACCGCUGGUAUUACAAGCACCUUCUGAGACCCGACGAAGUGCUACUCAUCAAAUGCUUCGACUCGAAUGAGACGGUCGCUAGACGAGCUCUGCAUUCAGCAUUUGAGGAUCCGGUGUAUCGGGACAACGAAUCUCGUCAGAGUAUUGAAGUCCGGUGUUUGGUACUUUAUGAUACUUAG